AUGUCUCUGAAGACCCCUGACUACCAGCUAAGCAUAGAACAAAGGGAGUCUGUGUAUGAGCCGGCAGAAGAUACGUUUUUGCUGCUAGAUGCGUUGGAAAAAGAUAUAAAGAAAAUUCGUGAACUCAAGGCGACGCUUGUUGUUGAGGUCGGUUGCGGUUCCGGUGUCGUCUCAACUUUUGUAGCUCAGAAUCUGGGAAGAAGAGCGCAUUAUCUGGCAACUGACUUGAAUCGAACGGCCGCCCAAUGUGCUCGACAGACAGCCCGCUUGAACAAAGUUGAAUUGGACACGGUGUGGACGGAUCUGGUCUCAGGGUUGCGGCUAUUUAAUCUGGUCGAUGUGCUGCUUUUCAACCCGCCCUACGUGCCGACAGAAGAGGAAGCUAGCACCGAUAUCGAACGUACAUGGGCUGGAGGACCAAGCGGCCGCGGAACCUUAGACCGAUUACUCCCACAUGUACCUAGAUUGUUGUCAUCGCGAGGUGUUUUCUACCUAGUGGCCCUACAUCAAAACGACAUUCCCGCCUUGUUGGCCCACAACGAAAAAGAGCUGAAAGGAGAAGUGGUCAUGCAACGACGUUGUGGCAUCGAACAUCUCUACAUCCUAAAGUUUACGAAGAGC